GAUAGCAGAAUCCUAGUUGCAUUUUAGAAGAAUAGCGCUCUGGCACCAACAAGGAGAAAACAUGGGCUGGGGGUUAAAGAUAAGAUUGGAGGCAGGUGGACCACCCAGGGGGCUGUCCCAGGGAGGGAGGUGAGGGGAGAUGGUGGCCACACCAGAUAAUGGCAGGGGGAUAGAGAGAAGUGGACAACUUCCAGGAUACCUCGGACACCUCUACUGUCUUCUCCUGUGAUCCCCAAAGAAAGCGAAAUGCAAGGAACUCUCUGAUCUGCACCUAGCCGUGCCAUGAGGCCGUGCUCCUGCUAAGCAUGCUCUUAAGGAAUCAGAUUGGAAAGAUUUCCAAAGUGCUCCACCCACAUCUUCGACUUUCCUCCUGGUGAAAGAAAUCUGGAGCCAGGCUGCCAUUAUUCAACCGAGCAGCGAAUAAUGGAGCAACAGGCUGAUUGGACUCGAAGUUUUUGGAAGGAAGGUGGCAUUUGACAUCCAAGUUCCCCUGGUCUCCAAAUCUUUUGUGCAAGUAAAUUAGUUUCAUUUGUCUCAGGGCAACUUUUCCACGGUCAGCUCCUUCCAACUUGCCUGCAAAUGUCUCUCAGUGGUGCGUUUGAGGCUUGGCUGCAUCUCUUUGUCUGGAACAAAUCUUUUAUUACUAGGAAAUAGCUGGAUGAUGACUCUGGACUCUUGGUCCCUAUUCCCCUCUCAGCUGUUGGCUCAGUGUAUGUUACCUUGAUCAGUUUCAGUUUUAACCUGCCUCCCCUCCUGCCUGGUUCUCAUUAAUAUGAAUUUCCGUAGUGGACGAUGCAUUUCAUACCCACCGCCUCACCAGUCUUUGGCGAGACAGUCAGGAUUAGCACCUGUUUCUUCCAGACUCUCCCGAGAUGCAGUGGGGGAGCACUAGGCUGUUUCCUCUGCUCACCUCCCGGACUUGCGUGGCUUUCCUUUGGUCCAGUGGUCAUGCAUUCCUCCACAACCUAAAAACAUCCAGAUGAUGGGAGUAUCAUGUUGCUCAUUUCACAUGGGAAAGCCACAAGCUACCCUCCUCUUGUUCAAGUUGCAUUCAAAUCGAAUUUCCAUGGCCCGUGCAGUUGGGAGCUCCGUGUCCCUGGUGUCAGCUGUCGAAGUUUAGCAAUACGAUUUCCAAACACGGGCCACAGGCAGCCAGCAGGCACCAGACAGCUGAGUGCUGGCAGCAAAAAGCCUCAGACACCUAUAGCAGUCCAAACAGUGACUCAUCCUGCCAUUGCCAGAACAAAUAUGGGAAUAAAUGGUAUUUUUCUCUAAGCAGGAAGAAUUGUCAAAAUGCUUAUCACUUUAUAAAACAUAACAGAUUGUGCCUGUUCAUGUUUUGAAAUGUUCUAACCAUUCACUAGCUCGGUUUUUUUGUUGUUUUUUUUUUUGAGUUUAGUAAUAGCUGGGACCUGCUUUUCCUCUUUGCAGGAGGCCCGGGGGAGCCAGGGCUUUCCAAGCAGCGCUGCCCCCCGAGCUCUGGAUCCACCUGGCCGUGGUGGCCUGCGGCGACCGGCUGGAGGAGACGCUGGUCAUGCUCAAAUCGGCCGUGCUGUUCAGCCACAGGAAGAUACAGUUCCACAUCUUCACUGAGGACGCCCUGAGGCCCGAGUUCGACGAGCAGUUACGACAGUGGCCCGACUCGUAUACAAAGAAGUUUGAACACAGAAUCUACCCCAUCACAUUUUCUGUUGGAAACCCUCAGGAAUGGAAGAAAUUAUUCAAACCCUGCGCUGCCCAGAGACUCUUUCUUCCGGUGAUUUUGAAGGAUGUGGACUCACUUCUCUACGUGGACACCGACGUUCUCUUUCUGAGACCUGUCGAUGACAUCUGGAAGCUUCUGAGGCAGUUUAAUUCCACCCAGCUGGCAGCCAUGGCUCCCGAGCACGAGAUCCCCAAGAUCGGCUGGUACAGCCGCUUCGCCAGGCACCCUUUCUACGGCGCCGCGGGGGUCAACUCGGGCGUCAUGCUCAUGAACCUGACUCGCAUAAGAAGCGCCCAGUUCAAGAACAGCGUGAUUCCAACAGGCCUGGCUUGGAAGACAUGUUGUACCCUCUGUACCAAAAGUACAAGAAUGCCAUCACCUGGGAGACCAGGAUUUACUGAAUAUCAUUUUUUUCCUUCAAUCCAGAGUGUCUCUAUGUGUUCCCCUGCCAGUGGAACUACCGCCCCGACCACUGCAUGUACGGAAGCAACUGCAAAGAGGCCGAGCGGGAAGGCGUGUCCGUCCUGCAUGGCAACCGGGGCGUCUACCACGACGACAAGCAGCCCACCUUCAAAGCUCUCUACGAAGCGGUGCGGGACUUUCCCUUUCAAGACAAUCUCUUUCAAUCUAUGUACUACCCCCUUCAGCUGAAGUUUCUAGAGACCGUGCACACUUUAUGUGGGCGAAUCCCACAAGUUUUUCUGAAGCAGAUCGAGAAAACAAUGAAAAGGGCUUAUGAGAGACACGUCAUCAUCCGUGUCGGCCCCAACCAGAUGCACUGAAUAAUUUGUCUUGUUGCAAAUCAAUGGGGUGUCUUCAUGAUCAAGGAAAUAUUCAUCUUUAA